AUGGAUCUGAAGAAUAUUUCCAGACAAUAUGAUAAUGUGGACAAUCACAUAAAAGCUAUAUCAGGGAUGAGCACUUCUGUUGACUUCAGAACUCCUAAUGCUAGCAAUGCCAUAACUUUUCCAUUUGUGGUCCUUUACCUAAAUACAGUAUGUCCACAGGCUGCUCUGAUGGACUCUCUGAAGGACAGAUCAGGAAUUUCCUUGAAGGACUCGGGUCAUUUGCGUUGCAACAUGUCUCCCUGGGUUGUAUAUAACUGCUGCUCAGAAAGCAAGGGAGCAUCUGAGAGAGAUCCAGCUCAGCUGUCUACCACUUCUGCCCAUCCAGGAGAAGAACAUCGCAAGGUCAAUCAGAAGAUGGCUUUCCUCACUUACAUCAGCCUCUGCCUUCUUGGCAUUUUCUUUGCUGGUCCUUUCUUUCAAGUGGAAGCUGACACCUGUGUGAGGGAAUGGCUGCAAAACCAAGGCAACUGCUAUGCAUACUUUGAUCAGAAGUUGACAUGGCAUGAAGCUGAGAUUUUGAACUAUAACAUAUAUCCCACCAUCUUAUAUUUGAACCAUGUAUAUUCUUUACCAACACUGAGUAAAAGUACUCUUAAAGUUGGAGCUGGAAAGAAAGAAGCUUUAGCAUCGAGUGCCAGAGCCCACCUUGCCUCCAUCCUUACCACAGCAGAGACUCUCCUGGUGGCUGAGCAUGUCUCCACUUAUCAAAAAGAACUUGGCAAUGUUUGGAUUGGACUCCAUGAUGUCCGUCAGGUGAGAUCAUCUAACUUAACUCUGCCCUUAUUUAUGUGCAGUGGCACAAUGUUUAUUGACUUGCCUAAAUCCAAUAGACUCCUGCUCAAUACUUCACUUAUUAAAACACUCAUAAUCAUAGAAAAAUAUUACCAGUCCGUCUUUAGACAAAGUUCUCAUUCUCUGAAGCGUAUUUCCUUUCCACAGACUGGGAAGUGGAGAUGGGCUGAUGAAUCCACUUACAACUACAAAUCCUGGAUGAACUACCAGCCAGACAACUAUGGCAACAAUGAGCAUUGCGUGGAACUGCGAUGAUC